AGCCGCCAGCAGUAACAGGGUGCUGCACGGUAACAGCAUCGCGGCGGUGCGCAGUGGAAACUGUGUGCGCGUCAGUGCGGAGUGCCCACAAACAACCACCUGUUAGCCGCUUCUCGUCCUCUUUCUUCAGCACCACACCCCCCACCCAAAACGACCACCCUCGCCCAUGCAAAGGGACACAACUCUGCAGUUAGAAACACUUUGGCUUUUCUCGGUAAGGAGAGGGACUACUCUGCAUACUUUGCUGUUUUUUGUGUCAAUAUUUUAGGGGGUUUUGGUGCCACCUCGGCCGGUGACCUGAAACUUUUCAGUCCGGGAACAGGCGCGUCUCUCCCCCCUUGACUGAUAUCUCCUCCAUCUUACCUUCGGCGCGCAAACUUGGGGUGACUGUCGGGCAGUCAUGCUGUAGAAGCUGCGUCUACAAGUGAAACAGCGGCGCAGGACUCAAGUUUGCGGUGCGCAUGAGUGGGACCAUGCAAGGGCAACACAACAGAGGACUGAAGAAUCUGAGGCUGCUGCUUCUGUGCAUCUCCCUUGUCAUCCUCGCCUCAGGAGUGCACGCAGGUGGGAAGAAGCACAGUGGCCCCUGUGGAGGAAGAGACUGCAGCGGAGACUGUAAAUGUUUCCCAGAGAAGGGUGGCAGGGGUCACCCUGGGCCUCUUGGUCCUCAAGGUCCACGGGGGCCUUCAGGGAACCCAGGUGAUCCAGGCAUCCAAGGACAAAAGGGGCAAAGAGGUGACAGUGGCCCUGGUGGCAUCAUAGGUCCCAAAGGAGAUGUGGGAAGGACCGGCGUUCCUGGGUUCCCUGGAAACAAUGGCAUACCUGGCCACCCAGGACAAGCUGGGCCCAGGGGGAGGCCAGGUGCAGAUGGUUGUAACGGGACACAGGGGGAAUCAGGGUUACCGGGACAACCUGGCAGAGGUGGCGCACCUGGUUUUCCUGGAACACCAGGCAGGAAGGGAGAGAAGGGAGACUCCCUAGAAGUGAAAGUGUACAUGGAGCGUUUCAGGGGAGAUCCAGGCACACCAGGGGCCCAUGGAAUAUUUGGGCCUCCAGGAAACCAAGGACAGCAGGGUACCAGAGGCUUGCAGGGACCAAAGGGUCCCCCAGGGCCGCCAGGUCCCCGAGGACCAAAGGGCGCUAUGACCAAAGUCAUUAAAGGAGCCAAAGGAGACCAAGGGGACACUGGACUACCAGGGCCUCCAGGAAACUCUACUCAUCCGCAUACUCUGCCCCCCUACGGACCUCCUCCGGGACCACUUGGAGAAAAAGGUGUGAAAGGAGAAAGAGGGGAUCAGGCGGACAACAAAGGAGAAACUGGUGUCAAGGGAUUCCCUGGAAAUCGGGGUGAAUCUGGUGCAAAUGGGGCUCCUGGACCGAGGGGGGAUCCUGGUGAAACGGGACCACCAGGCAGAGAUGGACCUAAGGGAGAGAGAGGUGACCGAGGACCUUUGAUUCCAUCUGGCGACGCUUGGCCUUGGUCUUCAACCGCUGGUCUUCCUGGUGCCCCUGGUAUACAGGGUCCACAAGGAGAGAGGGGCCCAAUAGGAGAUCAAGGCUUCCCUGGACCCCCAGGACGCCCUGCCUCUGAGUCUCAGCAACAAGUGUUUGAGACCUUCGGUCCAUUUGGUAUAAAAGGGGAGCAAGGAGAGAAGGGCCAACAAGGGGAACCAGGGAGCCCUGCUGUCAGUGUAGGACCCCCAGGCACCAAAGGACGCCAAGGGUUCAGGGGGUCUCCAGGACCUAAAGGAACAUGGUCUGAGUAUUUCAAGGGGGCUCCAGGCGGGAGAGGAAGGCCCGGCAGGCCAGGUUUUAAAGGAAUGAAAGGUGACCAUGGAAAAUGUGAGUGCACCACUGUAAACUCUCCAUCGGGACAACCUGGUCCUGCCGGGGGUCCUGGUGAUGCUGGGAUGACUGGAGAGUUUGGUCAAGAGGGUGACGUAGGAGACCCAGGUCUCCAAGGAGAUGAUGGGUUUCCUGGCAUUUCUGGGUUCGAUGGGGCACCAGGCCCAAAAGGCCGAAAAGGGGACCCAACUGAGGCCACACAGAAAGGAUAUGCUGGGGAUCCAGGUGAUCCCGGACAAGAUGGUGAUCCGGGGGCUCCGGGUGCUCCAGGCCUGAACGGUUUGCCUGGUUUCCCUGGGAGCCAAGGUUCUCCAGGAGAACGUCCCAGGGGAGAUCGUGGGGACAAAGGUUUCCCAGGUCUGCCUGGUCGACCAGGUGCAGCUGGGCUGAGGGGAGAACCUGGUGCAGUUCUUGGGGCACCCAAAGGCCAGCGUGGUUUACCUGGUGAUGACGGCCUCGCAGGCUAUGAUGGAGUUCCAGGAACGCCUGGCAUCCCAGGCGGCUGUAGUCCAACAGGAGAUGGAGGACAGGUGGAUGUAACAGGUCCUUGCAUUGCAAUCCCAGGACCUCCUGGGUCACCUGGACCUCCAGGACUCAAUGGAUUACCAGGUUUCCCAGGUCCCUCAGGCCAAAAAGGACCACAGGGUCUACUUGGAGGAAAGGGAGAGAAAGGAGAAACAGGAGAACAAGGCGCAGGUGGCCGCCCUGGACCACCAGGUUUUGCUGGCCCCCGUGGAGACCUGGGAGUUCCUGGCAUCAAGGGUUCAACUGGCACCCCCGGUUUGCCUGGUGUGCCUGGCCGGCAUGGGCCACAGGGUGAGAAGGGCUUUCACGGAGAAGUUUUGGAAGCAUCACCUGGAUCCAAUGGUGACCCUGGGAUGCCUGGGCUUCGAGGGCAAAGAGGCCAGUCUGGGGAUCAAGGAGAGCCAGGCUAUCCAGGAAUGGUCGGCAUGCCUGGUAUGAUUGGCUCCAAAGGUGACACUGGCCCUGCAGGCCUGCAGGGGGAGGAAGGGAGGCCUGGGCCACCGGGCCAAUAUGGCUACCCCGGUGACACUGGGCAAGCAGGUCCACCUGGGCCUCAUGGUGCCGUUGGACAGCCAGGCUUCACAGGAGAGAGGGGAACUGAAGGAGACUCAGGCCCUCCAGGUCCAAUCGGAUUAAAGGGGUUCCCUGGGACAUACGGUGAUGAUGGUGUCAUUGGAGAGUAUGGCCCACCAGGUGACCUAGGACAGCCGGGACCAGAUGGACGCCCAGGAGUCCCAGGAAUGAAGGGAAGCAAAGGGUCUCCUGGUAUGUCAGGUUUUGAAGGGAACAGGGGUGAUCUAGGGGUCAAGGGCAUCGGCGGGGAGACAGGAGAACCUGGAGUGCCAGGCGAAGUUGGCCCAAAAGGAGUGACAGGUCCAAGUGGAGAGAAAGGUGAUCGUGGUCUGACAGGGCCACCUGGGGAGAAACCUCUCAUCCCUGCCCAUGUCAGGAAUGUCAUGAAGGGUGCCAAGGGAAACUCUGGACAUAAAGGAAGUCAAGGUUUCACUGGACCGAGAGGUUCUAAAGGUUUACCCGGUGUGCCUGGCCACGAGGGAGCUCAUGGUUCUCCUGGAGACCCCAGCCAUGAGAAAGGACACAAAGGAGAUCCAGGUCCACAGGGGCUCCCAGGAAUAAAAGGCAUGCCAGGCUCAAGUGGAAAUCGAGGAAUUGUUGGUUUUAAAGGAAUGUCUGGCAGCAAGGGAAUUAAAGGAAGUCCUGGUGCCUAUGGUGCAACAGGAGACACAGGAAGGAAGGGAGUCAAAGGUGAUAGAGGCCUUCGUAUAGACCUUCCAGGAAUUCCCGGAUUGAGAGGAGAGGAUGGUUUUGAAGGAGUGCCAGGCCAAAAAGGGUUAUUUGGAAAUACUGGGGAUAGGGGUGGACCUGGUUUUGAUGGUAUCGAAGGCAAAAGGGGAGAUCCAGGUGAUCCAGGAAUACCAGGAGACCCAGGCUCAGGUGGGGAGAAGGGAACUCCUGGUAACCAAGGUCAAAAGGGAUUUCCUGGAACUCCGGGAAAAGAAGGACACCCAGGCUUUCCUGGCUUCCGAGGAAACAAAGGUUUCCCUGGCUUGAAAGGCCUCUAUGGAUUAAAUGGACUGAAAGGACAAAAGGGUUUCCCUGGAGCACCAGGCCCGGAUAUCAUUGGACCAGCUGGGGAGAAGGGACCCAGAGGAGAGAAGGGAGAGAGCGGUGAGCCCAACAACCAGCCGGGUGUCCCAGGCACAGCGGGUUUGAAAGGCUUCCAGGGACCUCAAGGUGACCACGGUCAACCUGGGCUGCCAGGAUUCCGCGGCCCCAUAGGACCACAUGGGGCCCAAGACAGACAGGGACCCACUGGGGACACUGGUUUUAAAGGACCUCAAGGAUUUCAAGGUUUCCCUGGACCCAGAGGAUUUCCUGGUGUGGAUGCUCCUCCUGGAGAAAAGGGUAUUUUAGGAUUAAAUGGCUUUCCUGGAGUCCCUGGUGGGAAAGGAUUCAAAGGAGAUCAAGGUUCAUUUGGAUACAGGGGGCCUGAUGGUGUUUCUGGGAAGAAAGGGGUGAAAGGAGACCAAGGAGUGAUGGGAGUUCCUGGUUUGACUGGCACGAAGGGAGAAAGGGGACCAACUGGUCCAAAAGGAAACACUGGACCCCCAGGGUUUCAUGGGUUCCCAGGCAGCCAGGGUCCUGCUCCACUUCCCAUCAAAAUUCCAGGAGAGAAGGGUUUUCCAGGACCACGGGGUAUCCAAGGACCGAAUGGGGUGAGGGGGCAACCAGGGCCACAGGGUCCCCCAGGGGAUGCAGGUUUCAUUGGACCCAUUGGGCAGAAGGGCAUGCCUGGGAUUGGUGGUACACCAGGAAGAGCUGGAUUCCGUGGAGAGGUUGGACAAAUGGGGCACCCCGGUCUGCAAGGCAUGGAAGGUCGCCGUGGCAACCCUGGGAUCUCUGGGUUACCCGGUAUGCCUGGACGCAGUGUCAGUGUGGGAUACUUGCUGGUGAAACACAGUCAAUCAGAUCAGACGCCCAUGUGUCCUGUGGGUAUGUCUAAACUGUGGGACGGCUACAGUCUGCUGUACCUCGAGGGCCAGGAAAAGGCCCACAACCAAGAUCUCGGUUUGGCUGGUUCCUGCCUCCCACGGUUCAGCACUAUGCCCUUCCUAUACUGCAAUCCUGGGGACCUUUGUUACUAUGCCAGCAGAAAUGAUAAGUCUUACUGGCUGUCAACAACUGCUCCUCUUCCUAUGAUGCCUGUGGAAGAGGGGGAAAUCAAACCGUACAUCAGCCGCUGCUCAGUAUGCGAAGCUCCAUCAGUUGCCAUCGCGGUCCACAGCCAGGACAUGACCAUCCCACAGUGUCCCGUGGGCUGGCGCAGCCUGUGGAUCGGUUACUCCUUCCUCAUGCAUACAGCAGCAGGAAACGAAGGCGGAGGUCAGUCCUUGUCAUCGCCUGGCUCCUGCUUGGAGGACUUCCGCACAACACCAUUCAUUGAAUGCAACGGGGCCAAAGGCACAUGCCACUACUUUGCAAACAAGCACAGCUUCUGGCUAACGUCCAUAGAUCAGUCGUUCCACAGUGACCCGACAUCAGAGACGCUCAAAGCAGGCCAGCUCUUGUCACGCAUCAGUCGCUGCCAGGUCUGCAUGAAGAACUUGUGAAAGACUCUACGGUAACACUGACAGAAAGAAGGUAGUCCAUUGACAGUGGUCUAGUAUGGUCUCUCUCUCUCUCUCUCUCUCUCUCUCUCUCUCUCUCUCUCUCUCUCUCUCUCUCUCUCCGUGUAAUAAACCAAACUAAGGGGGAUCUGAAAUACUGACUUAGAUCAAUGUAAAGGGGAAAGCCACAGAGCUCAGAUGUGCAAUGACUGUGUGAUUCCGUGAGCUUUGAAUGAAAUGUCCCACUGUAGAUAAAACAGGAGAAGCCCCAUAAUGAAACCAACAGCAUUAUGGGAAAAAAUAUUUUUAUUUUAAAUGUGGAUUGGUGCUUAUUGUUUAACUUAUUACCUCAGCUACUAUGACACAGAUCAAAAUACCGUAUUCUACAGCUGAACCAAAGAUGCCUGUGUGUAUGCACUGCUUCAGUUUAUCAAGGUGUUUUUAUUGUUUGGGGUAUAGAGCCCACCAUAAAGCCACUAACAUUGCUUCUCAGCCAGCUGAAGAAUGUGUCAUUAGAGGUCUUUAACAAUUGUUGUUUGAUACUAUUGACAGUAUUACCCUGCUUUUAUUCCACUGCUCUUACAAAACCUAUUUUUGAUAUACAACAGCCCUUUCGAGCUAUUAACUUGUUUUAUGCAUUUAUCAACUACUGCAAAUUAGUCUGUAACUCUUUAUUUUUCAUACACCAUAUGUUCACACAAUGCACUGAUUCUCUUUGUAUUUAUACUAGCUGAAUGAACUUGACCCCCUUCCCUAAGAGUUUUAAAUGUAUAUCUUAGCUAACCACACUCACUACUCAUUUUCCUUUACAAAUCUACUAAUUAUUGAACUGGCCCAAGCUGACAACAGGACAGAAUGUAAACAGCCUGGAUCAAAGGUCUGACUGUAGCAAAUCCUUGCUCUGGUCACUGAUCCUGCAUUAGAUUAGAAUAUUUUACGCAAUUUAGAAAGUAGGUCAAACGUUCCACUUCAUCUGGAUUCACUUGUUUGGAAAUAAACAGUUUGAUUAGGACAGAAAAAUACUGCCAUUUGUUAAAAUUGUGAUGUAAUUUUGGUCAUUUUUAUAGCACAAUCAUUUCAUUGGACUUUAAAGAUUAAAUGUUGUUUGUUAUA